AUGCCGCAGCAGCAGACGCUGCAGUUGCGGAACCGCUUCGGGGACGUGUUCAGCCUGCAGCUGGCCUGGAACCCAGUGGUCGUUAUAAAUGGGCCAGCAGCUGUGCGGGAGGCCCUGGUGAAGCACAGCGAGGACACCGCAGACCGGCCUCCGAUGCCCAUCUACGAACACUUAGGCUUUAGACCACACACCCAAGGGAUCGCCCUGGCCCACUACGGACCCGCCUGGCGUGAGCAGCGCCGCUUCUCCGUAUCCACUCUGCGCAACUUCGGGCUGGGUAAGAAGUCGCUGGAGCAGUGGGUGACCGAGGAGGCCGCCUGCCUCUGUGCCAGCUUUGCCAAACAGGACGGACGCCCUUUUAGCCCCAGCAUCCUCCUGAACAAAGCUGUGUGCAAUGUGAUCUCCUCCCUCGUCUAUGGGCGCCGCUUUGAGUAUGAUGACCCGUUCUUGAUCAGGACAGUGGACCUGCUGGAGAUGCUUCUGAAAGAGGAAUCCAGCUUAAUGACUCAGGUACUGAACAUGUUCCCCUGGCUGCUGCACAUCCCAGGGUUAGUUGAAAAGGUUUGCUCUGGGCACAUUGCAUUGAACGCCCUCCUGGAUACACUGGUAACCGAGCACAAGACAACCUGGGACCCGGCACAGCCCCCCCGAGACCUGACCGAUUCCUUCCUGGCUCAGAUAGAGAAGGCCAAGGGGAACCCUGCGAGCAGCUUCAAUGAAGCAAACCUGUGCUCUGUGACAUCUGACCUGUUUGCUGCGGGGACAGUGACCACGUCCCGCACACUGUCCUGGGCCCUGCUCCUCAUGAUCCUACACCCGGAUGUGCAGCGCCGUGUCCACCAGGAGAUCGAUGAAGUGAUAGGGCAGGGGCGGCGCCCAGAGAUGGGGGACCAGGCCCGCAUGCCCUUCACCAACGCCGUGAUUCACGAGGUGCAGCGCUUUCGGCACAUCGGCCCAUUGGGUACACCCCACAUGACAAUCCAUGACACUGAGGUUCAGGGCUUCCGCAUCCCCAAGGUAAGCCUGGGCCCUCCUCCCCAGCAUGGCCGUAGCAGGUGUGCCAUGGAGCUCUUCCUCUUCUUCACCAGCCUGCUGCAGCACUUCAGCUUCUCAGUGCCCGAGGGACAGGCGCAGCCCAACGACUGUGGGGUCUUUGGAAUUCUCUUGAUCCCGUGCCCCUACCAACUCUCUGCUGUGUCCCGCUAAAGGGACAUCCCACACAACCAGGCAGGACCUGGCAGCACUGGGGAAUCCAGGCUCGGAUGGCCUGGGUGCUGCUUGGCCUCAUUGGAUG